UGGAAGGACCUUUCAACUGUUUCCAUAUGUUUAGGGGGGAGAGAGAGAGAGCGAGAGAGGGAGAGAGAGAUGAGGCAUGAGGUGAAGGAAGAAGAGCUAUUGGAGAAGAAGGAAAAGAAUAACAACAACAGCAAGGAAGAUGAUGAAUUCGAGGUACUAAACAGUGGUGAAGUUGAGGUUGUCUCUUCUACCUCCUCCUAUUUGUCUCUCUUGACUUCCCAAGAUCGUGAUUUUCUUCUCUCUCCUACUGGAACUCAGGUUAAAGUUUCUGACCUUGAAGGCAAAGUAAUUGGUCUUUACUUCUCAGCCAAUUGGUACCUACCAUGUCAAAACUUCACCCAAGUUUUAGUCAACGCUUACGAGCAACUUAAAAUAUGUGAAUCCAAAUUUGAGGUUGUGUUUGUAUCAUCUGAUGAAGACUUGGAAGCCUUCAACAACUAUCGUGCAGGCAUGCCAUGGCUCGCGAUUCCAUUUUCAGAUUUAGAAUCAAAGAAAGCAUUAAAUAGAAGGUUUGACAUCGAAGGUAUCCCUUGCUUGAUCAUUUUACAAACUAACGGUCGAAAAGAUGAUGAUGGUAUAUUACACAAUGGAGUUGAGAUGAUUUAUCGAUAUGGGGUGCAAGCGUUUCCGUUCAGUAAAGAGAGAUUGGAAGAGUUGGAGGAGGAGGAAAGGGAGAGACAUGAAAGCCAGACAUUAAUCAAUUUACUAACAAACCAUGAUAGGGACUUCCUCUUGGGUCAUCAUCCCAUGCCUAAACAGGUGCCAGUUGGCUCCUUAACUGGUAAAACAGUUGGACUCUAUUUCUCAGCCCAAUGGUGUCUUCCUGGACUCGACUUCACUCCUAAGCUCAUCUCCAUCUAUCACAACAUCAAGCAAUCAUUGAUAAAAGAUAUAGACGGCGAGGACUUUGAAAUAGUAUUCGUCUCAAGUGACACAGACCAAUCACAAUUCGACUUGCAUUUCAAUACCAUGCCAUGGCUUGCACUGCCUUUUGGAGACCCAAUUACUAAGUACUUGACCAAGUAUUUCGAUAUACAAGGUAUCCCUAGUUUGGUAAUCUUGGGCCCAGAUGGUAAAACCGUUACCAAACACGGGAGGAACCUUAUAAACUUGUAUAAAGAAAAUGCUUACCCUUUUACUGAGGCUAAAGUGGAGUUGCUAGAGAAGAAAAUGGAUGAGGAGGCUAAGGACCUCCCGAGAUCGGAGAAACAUAUCGGGCACCGCCACGAGCUAACGUUGGUGUCAGAGGGGAGCGGAGGCGGGCCUUUUAUUUGUUGUGAUUGUGAUGAGCAAGGGUCUGGAUGGGCUUAUCAAUGUAUUCAAUGUGGGUAUGAGGUGCACACCAAGUGCGUGAGGCCAGUUGAUUAAGGCAUGACUGCUGAUACUUGACCAACUUUACCAAUUGGCCUUGCCACUUCCGUUGAUGUAAAAUGAAGUAGUUAAAAUUGUACCAGUCAGGUGAUGAGACUGUUUGUUAC